AGCCUCCUUCACAUGUUUUUGGAUAAGAUAUAAUUUUCCUUAACGUUGAGUGAGAGGUGGAGGCCAAAUGGAGAAAGCUAAAGAGUGUCUGCAAUUGAGUGAGGAAGAACUGGAGCAAGUCUCGCGACUCACCAUUCCUUCUCACCGAGUUGGCGUCCAACCCUGCAGCUUCUACGAAUAUUAUGCACUGAGGGGCAUCCGAGUCCACCGAGUCGAACCCGGUUUCGUCGCCUGUACUUUCAAGGUCCCUCCUCGUCUCACCGAUAGGACUGGAAAGUUGGCUUCUGGUGUAAUUGCGAACCUAGUUGAUGAAGUUGGUGGUGUCGUGGUCCGUGCUAAGAGUCUCCCCAGGAGUGUUUCAGUGGACAUGUCGAUAUCAUUCCUUUCAACUGCAAAUGCCAAUGAUGAGUUGGCAAUUACCUCAAGGGUUUUAAGACAAAGAGGAGGUUAUUCCGGAACAAUCGUGCUUUUGAGAAACAAGGCAACUGGGGAGAUUAUUGCUGAAGGUAGGCAUUCAUUGUUUCGUAAACAUGCUAGCAAAAUGUGAGCCUACUGCACUCUUUUGAAUGUGAAUCUAAACACCAUCUGAAAUGUACUACGACUCCCGCCAUUAUGAAUUCCGGAGAGGGUUAGAUUUACAGUAUUACUUCGAACCGUGAUCAGGAUAUCACAAUGGAGGUUGCUCUUUCUUAUUUUAAAUGCAUAUCUUCUCCAAGAAUAAUAACGUUUCGUGAAAGAAGCUGGGAGAAAUGGCCGAUUGAUGGGUCCAGGAAGUUUUAGAUUUUCGAAGUGGAAGCUUUGAGAGAGAGAGAAAUGGCCGAUUGAUGGGUCGAGAAUGUUGAUGACAUUUUACAUUUUUGUGUCUUCCGCAUCUCUCCCACUUUUUUUUGGUCAUUACAUGUCAAGAUUCAUUUCCAUAAUCAAAAUCUUGUUACUUGUGAUAGGAAAGGAUUUGUUUGUAAAGUAGUCACCGAUUGGAUUGUGUGGUCUGUGGAAUGAAGAUGAAGAUUUAGUUGUAUCUCCUCUCUUUUUAAUUUAAAAUGAAAGACAAUAGCAAUAUUGUGAGA